AUGGCCUCAUUGAUACUAUGGGACGAGGCCACCAUGACUAAGCGACAGGCGGUCGAGGCACUUGACAACAGCAUGCGCGACAUCAUGGGAAGACGGGACCGACCCUUUGGAGGAAAAAUUGUUGUGUUUGGCGGGGACUUCAGGCAGGUGCUUCCGGUCGUCAGGAGGGGGUCCCGGGGUCAGAUAAUCGAUGCAACCCUUCGAAGUUCACACCUCUGGAAGGGUAUGCGCCAGCUAUGGCUCGUCACCAACAUGAGGGCUCAUAAUGACACCUGGUUUGCGGAUUACUUGCUAAGGGUAGGCAAUGGCACUGAGGAAGUUGACGAUCAAGGAAACAUACGACUCCCUGAAGAUAUUUGUGUGCCGUCUACAGGCGAGGGUGAUGACCUGGAGAAGUUGAUUGACCAUGUGUUUCCCAGACUAGAUGACAACAUGUCCGAUCCGAAUUACAUGACUUCACGCGCAAUCCUCUCCACCACGAACGACAACGUCGACAAGAUAAACAUACGCAUGGUAGAGCGUUUUCGGGGAGAAGAAGUAAUCUACCAUAGCUUUGACAGUGCAGAAGACGACCCGUAUGGCUACUACGCUCCCGAGUUCCUAAAUGGAUUGACUCCCAACGGUCUGCCUCCGCAUGCACUCAAACUGAAGCUCAACUGCCCCGUCAUACUUCUGAGGAACAUUGAUCCGGCUAAUGGUCUGUGUAACGGGACGAGGCUUGUGGUGCGAGGUUUCGAGAGGAACGCCAUCGACGCAGAAAUCUUCAAGAGGAAGCAAUUUCCUGUAAGGCUUAGCUUUGCUAUGACGAUUAACAAGGCUCAAGGCCAGACGAUUCCGAUUGUUGGCGUGUACCUACCUAAUCCUGUGUUCUCUCAUGGUCAACUCUAUGUCGCACUGUCUCGAGCCACCGCAAAGAGAAACAUAAAGAUCCUCAUUGAGAAGGAGAAGGAGAAGGAGAAUGCCAAGAAGCAAAGCGGUAAACCUAAGAAGCGAAAAAGACCUGCCUUGUCCUUACAAACCUCGAUGAAGAACAUCGUCUAUAAGGAAGUCCUUACAGGCUGA